GGUAAUAUAACACAACACAUAAAAUAAGACAUGGACAGCUGUGCACUCAUAACCGUAGUCCGGCAUACGCCUUGUUGUUUGAAGUAGUUCCAGAUGAGAGAGAGAAUCGAAGUGCCGUUUCAACCAGUGGAUCAGAGACAAACUAAAUUAGUAACACUUUACGAAUGUUGACUUCUCCAACUUGUCGCAAGGACGGUUUUUCGUUGUCAUCGUUAUUUUCUGCAUUAUGUUCAAAUCAUCAUACUGUAGGUCGUUUGUUCCAAACAAAGGACGCCGCUAGAUUGUGUUGACAGUUUCAGAUAAGGGGUUUAUAAAAUGAGACGCUCAGCAGCUCCCAGUCAGCUACGGGGUAAUGUGGCGAAAAAGCCUCGUUUUGUGCCUCCUGGAGCUGCUACUUCAUUUACUGGAGCAGAUCCCAAGACCCAGUGCUCCAAAUUUGACUUGGACAAUGCCUUGAAUAAGGUCCAGAGAAGUCUGGCAGCUCCACCUCCCAACAAAAUUGCAUAUGUCCAGUCAGCACCAACUUUGUCCAAGGCACUGGCCCGAGUACUCAGUGCCACUGAAAAUGAGAAUGUUGCUGUGACAGACCCGGGUGCUGCUUCACAGAAGUUCACAACACCACAAGACAACAGAGAAACAGGCCCCCUUCAAGAAUGUGCUGUUUCAAAUCCAGUCACAAAUACAGAAUGGAACCAGGACAUGGUCCGGUACUUCAGCGUGGUGUGGUGUAAGGCCAGCAAAAAGAAACACAAGCGCUGGGAGGGGGACGCCGUGCUGGUGACGAAGGGUCGCACGGCCACCUUGAAGGAUAUGGAGGGCAAGGACAUCGGACAGGGUAGCGGCUACAAAAUGUCAGUACUGGCGUCACUCACUGAGGGAGAGACCCUGAUUAUCGGAGCGAAAGAAGUGGAGGUGAUGGGAGUCAUAUCCGCAGAAACGUUUGCCACGGGACGUUGUUUCCAAGAAGCACGGGUAGAAGACAUCCUCCAAAAGACGACUCCCCCUCUUUCACAUCGCCGAGCAUCCAAACCUUUUUGCCCCCCUUCUUUGUCGGGGAGAGCGGAGCAUCUUGGAUCCCAACCAAGGGAGCAACACAUUUGCAGGCCUCGCCAUGAUCCACAAGCCGCCGGUGCUCUGGUGAUGCCCCGGCCCUCUCUCAAGCACCAGUGGUCAAAUAACAAGUCAGGGCUACCUGUGGUUGAUGUGGUGGUUGACCCGCACCUGACGGCUCAGCUGCGUCCCCAUCAGAGAGAUGGCCUGCUCUUUCUUUAUGAAUGUGUCAUGGGCAUGAGAGCCGCAGGGCGCUACGGGGCUAUCCUGGCUGAUGAGAUGGGUCUGGGGAAAACCCUCCAGAGCGUGGCUCUCUGCUGGACUUUGCUCAAGCAGGGUCCGUACGGAGGGAAAGCGGUCGCCAAGCGUGCGCUGGUUGUUACGCCGGGUAGCCUGGUGCAAAACUGGGGCGGCGAGUUCAACAAAUGGCUGGGCCGCGAGAGGAUCAACGUUUUCACAGUGGAUCAAGACCACAGGAUCGAGCAGUUUGUAUUGUCUCCUCUGCAUGAUGUUCUUGUGAUCAGCUACGAAAUGCUACUGCGCUGCCUCGAACAGGUGCAAAAAGUGGAUUUUGGUCUCAUCAUCUGCGACGAGGGUCACAGAUUAAAGAACAGUAGCAUCAAAACGUCCUCUGCCCUCAGCAGCCUGAGCUGUGCUCGUAGGGUCAUACUCACAGGUACCCCUGUGCAGAAUGACUUGCAGGAGUUCUACGCCAUCAUAGAGUUUGUUAAUCCGGGCAUACUUGGCUCCACCACUGCGUAUAGGAAGGUGUUUGAAGAGCCCAUUCUUCGUUCCAGGCAGCCUUCCUGCUCAGAGGAGGACAAAUCUUUGGGAGAAGAGCGAGCGUGUGAGCUCUCUCGACUUACUGGCAUGUUCAUCCUGAGGAGGACACAGGAGAUCAUCAAAAGCUACCUGCCGCCGCGCCUGGACUGGACAUUGUUCUGCAGACUGUCCCCACUGCAGCAAGAUGUCUACAGGCAUCUCCUCAGCCACGGAGUGUUCCGAGCCUGCCUCCAGGGUUCCAUGCAAACACACACUCACCUGGCCUGCAUCACCGCCCUGAAAAAGCUGUGCAACCACCCUGCUCUGCUUCACACUACUGUCAUGGACAAAAUGAAGUGUGAUUCCGAAGAGAGCUCUUUAUAUGAAGGCUUAACACAAUUUUUCCCAGAAAACUACUCUCCAGAUAGCUUCAACGCUGAUGACUCGGGGAAACUUUUAGUUCUGUUGGAUCUCCUGAAGACCAUCAAACAGUUCAGCCCAUCAGACAAGGUGGUUAUCAUUUCCAACUACACUCAGACGCUGAACAUGCUCCAGAAUCUUUGUGUGCACAUGGGUUACACGUUCUGUCGCCUCGACGGGCAAACGCCCACCAACCAAAGGCAGCGACUGGUCGACGGCUUCAAUAGUCCUUACUCUUCCAGUUUCUUGUUUCUGCUCAGCUCCAAAGCUGGCGGCGUCGGGCUAAAUCUGGUGGGGGCUUCUCACCUGGUACUCUAUGACCUUGACUGGAACCCAGCCACCGAUAUUCAGGCUAUGUCACGAGUGUGGCGCGACGGACAGAAGAAGAAAGUGCACACUUACCGUCUCCUGACUGCAGGCACCAUCGAAGAGCGCAUUUUCCAGCGGCAAGUGUCCAAACAGGGACUUUCUGGGACCGUGGUGGACCUUGGCAAAGGCUCAGAGCAUGCCAACUUCUCCACCAGCGAGCUACGAGAUCUCUUCAGCCUUUCCGACACGCAAUCUCUAACUCAUGAUCUGUUGAACUGCAGCUGCGACAUGGACGGCUCAGUUCACGAGGAAGAAGAGCAGGCUUCUAACAAUCGCCCGUGCCAGCUUGGUCGUGACCGCAGCGGUUUGUCCCAGAAGCACCUCAGCAUGUCCGAGCUGAUGCGGUGGAGACAUUUCUCUGGAGACGCCCACACCUUCUGUGACCCUUACCUCGAUCACGCCCGAGACCACAUCACCUUUGCCUUUCAAACCACCAUCUCUCAUGUGGAACCAUAACCAUCACUUCUUGCCUCCAAGACGACGCCCAGUCCUGGUGGAACCUGUUCGCAUUAUUACUUUAAAACCAUUACCCGGAUUGUAGUUUUGCGGUGAUGUCGAACUCCAUUCGUCAUACUAAAAGGGUUGUUGUCAUACUAAAAUCGUUGUUGUUAUUAAGCCACUGAAGAGGGUCAAAAUGUUUGAAAUAUGUCAGUAACACGUGCAAACAGCUCAGAAUCUUAUCUUGUCAGCUUAAAAAAAAAUGAGCAUAAUUUUUAAAUGAAGAAACAGGAUCGAUGGAGUUGUCACCAGGCGAACAGAUUUGCGAGAGUUCCGAUUUUUUUUUUUUUUUUUGUCCAUUGUAUCAGAGCCAUCUAUGGUAAAACUGUAUUGACAAAAGCAGUUAAUCCUAAUGAUGAGAUAUCUUUAGGUGCUGAGAAUUUAUUCAGAGCAUCUCAUUUGGAAUGAUUUAGUUUACACUCUCCUUGCGUUGUAAGUGUUCAGUCAUUUAAUUGAUAGUUUUCACAAAACAACAAGCUUUCCCUUGAGGACACUUUCUCAUGCUGUGACCUCUGACAUGACUGUCCACGGUGAGUCACAGUGGUGAAGUGAUGUGGGACACUCGUCAGCCUUUUUCAUCGGUGCUGCCUCGGCACUGAGCCGCUGCAUCGGAGUUAGGUUCUCGUGUGUUCCGCGUGUACCGUGUAUGGAUUGUAUUCAACUGCGUUAUUACAUAAAAGGGAUAAUUAUUAUUUACCUGACCGGCGCCGCGCCGCUCUAUGAGGCAAUUUUCUUGUGUAACAUCUAGGUUUCGGGAAGGUUUGGCUUUUUAUGUUCCAAGGACUCUAUUAACUCACUCUGAAUUAUUACUCUUCAUCACCUAGCGAUGGCUAUUUUAUUCAGCUCAUUUCAGUCUGAAUACAAAAGGUUUCGAUUGUAAUAUUGCUUAACCUUAUGUUAUUCUUUCAGCAAACUCACAAUGUUGACCUAGUUGUAAUAUUAGUAUUUCAUAGGAUUUUUUUAAAUCAAUAAAAGUUGUUCACCACUUA